CACAAAUACCCCUCCUCCGCUCCUUUUUGUUUCUUCAUCGUAUCUGGUCCGACUGGAAUUUCUGGUUGAGAAUUCCGAGACUUCUCAGACUUCAUCAUGUCUUUCGGCAAGCUCUAUACCUUCGAUGGCAACGCCCGCUCGACUGUCCUCCGAGCUGUUGCAAAGGCCAAUAACUUGGACAUUGAGGUCGUCACAACUAAGCCAGCGGGAGGCGUCUCCGCUGAGUACCUGAAGCUCAACCCCUUGGGCAAGAUCCCUACCUUCCAGGGUGCCGAUGGCUUUGUCCUGACUGAGGUUCUUGCAAUUGCUAUUUACCUUGCUUCUCAAAACGAGAAGACAACUUUGCUGGGCAAGACCAAGCAGGAUUAUGCCACCAUCUUGCGUUGGGCAUCUUUCGCCAAUUCCGAGAUUCUUCCUCCCCUCGGCUCCUGGUUCAGUCCUUUGCUCGGCAAGGAGGCUUACAACAAGAAGUCGGUUGAGGACGCGGAGAAGAAGGUUCUUAAGGCCGUCUCCGUUCUUGAGAAGCACCUCCAACUGAACACCUACCUUGUCGGCGAAAGACUCACUCUUGCUGACCUUUUCGCCACCUCGGUCCUCGCCCGUGGCUUCCAGUACGUCUUCGGCAAGGCGUGGCGUGCUGAGUACCCCAACGUUACUCGUUGGUUUGAGACCAUUUUCAACCAGGAGAUUUACUCUGCGGUCGCUGGUCAGCUCAACUUCAUCGAAGAGCCCAUCAAAUACCAGCCCCCCAAGAAGGAGGCUGCUCCCAAGAAGGAGGCUCCUAAGCCCGCCGCCGCUCCCCAGGCGGCUGAGGAGGAGCCUAAGCCGGCGCCCAAGCCCAAGCAUCCCCUCGAAGCUCUUGAGAAGCCCACUCUGCCCAUUGACGAAUGGAAGAGGAAGUACUCCAACGAGGAAACUCGCGAGACUGCUCUUCCUUGGUUCUGGGAGACCUAUAAGCCCGAGGAAUACUCUCUCUGGAGGGUCGACUACAAAUACAACGAUGAGCUCACCCUUCCUUUCAUGUCCAACAAUCUCAUUGGCGGAUUUUUCACGCGUCUCGAGGCAAGCCGUAAGUACCUCUUCGGCGCUGCGUCGGUAUAUGGUGUCACAAAUGACUCCGUAAUUGCCGGUGCGCUCCUCGUCCGGGGUCAGGACAUUGUCCCCGCUGUCGACGUGGCUCCCGACUGGGAGAGCUAUGCUUUCUCCAAGCUUGAUCCUACCAAGCCGGAGGACAAGGAGUUCGUCAGCGACCAAUGGGCCUGGGACAAGCCCAUUGUCGUUAACGGCAAGACCUACGACUGGGCCGACGGCAAGGUUUUCAAGUAAAUUAUUUCUAAAUUUCCUCUGAUACCAUUCUUCUGGCCUCACACGGCGUGCUAUUGAUGUGCCUGAAUUAUUGCACUUGCUAUAAGAUCCUGAUUCCUUAUUCGGAGUUACACGAUGCGACGCGACACGAUACAAUGGGAUUUACGGGAACAUUUGAAAGUACUGCCGUGUCAGCUUUAGCUAGUGAUUACGAAUUCACGUCUAAAUUUUAAGAACAAAAAAGGAGUUCAUAAUGAUUCAAGUGUUCUAUCUACCGCUGGAAGCCUUCCUAUGUGCCUUGAUUAUCCAGAGCAGAAUGCAUUUCAUGUGCUCGAGCCUAAAAAGCGAAUGCUCAGUGCCUUCAUUGGAUCGAUGCUAUUGGGCACCCAAUCUCAAGUCCCUUUCAGAGAUGUCCACAAGAUUAUUUGUCUUUUCAAACCAAUCUUCAUGUGACACGAUUCAACUUCAACAUUCUUCUAGGCGUG